AUGUCGAUCCAGACAGUCUCCAUCCAGCCCUUUGCCGACCAGAAGCCAGGAACCUCUGGUCUUCGCAAAAAGGUCAAGGUCUUCGAGCAGCCCCACUACUCUGAAGCUUUCAUCACCAGCAUCCUGCUCUCCAUUCCCGAGGGUGCCGAGGGAGCUUUCCUUGUCAUCGGUGGUGAUGGUCGCUACUACAACCCUGAGGUUAUCCAGAAGAUUGCCAAAAUCAGUGCUGCCUACGGCGUCAAGAAGCUCCUGAUCGGCCAGAAUGGCAUCCUCAGUACCCCUGCCGCCAGCAACCUGAUCCGUGUGAGAAAGGCCACCGGUGGUAUCCUGCUGACUGCCAGUCACAAUCCGGGUGGACCCAAUGCCGAUUUUGGUAUCAAGUACAACCUGACCAAUGGUGCCCCCGCUCCCGAGUCCGUCACCAACAAGAUCUUCGAAACCUCCAAGUCCCUCACCUCCUACAAGAUCGCCGAAAUUCCCGAUGUCGACACCUCCAGCAUUGGCACCAAGACCUAUGGCCCCCUGGAGGUUGAGAUCGUUCACUCCACCUCCGACUACCUCAAGAUGAUGAAGGAGAUCUUUGACUUUGAUCUGAUCAAGGAGUUCCUCAGCACUCACAAGGAUUUCAAGGUGCUGUUUGAUGGUAUGCACGGUGUGACUGGUCCCUAUGGCGUGGACAUCUUCGUCAAGGAGCUGGGUCUGCCCCAGGACAGCACCAUGAACUGUGUCCCCAGCCCCGACUUCAACGGCGGCCACCCCGACCCCAACCUGGUCUACGCCCAUGAGCUGGUCGAGGCCGUGGAUAAGAAGGGUGUCCACUUUGGUGCUGCCAGCGAUGGUGAUGGUGACCGCAACAUGAUCUAUGGUGCCAACACCUUCGUCUCCCCCGGUGACAGCUUGGCCAUCAUCGCGCACCACGCCAAGCUCAUCCCCUGGUUCCAGAAGCAGGGUGUUUAUGGUCUGGCGCGGUCCAUGCCCACUUCCGGCGCCGUUGACCUGGUCGCCAAAGCCCAGGGUUUGCAGAGCUACGAAGUCCCCACGGGCUGGAAGUUCUUCUGCAACCUGUUCGAUAACAAGAAGAUCUCCAUCUGCGGCGAGGAGAGUUUCGGAACCGGCAGCAACCACAUCCGCGAAAAGGACGGUGUCUGGGCCAUUGUCGCCUGGUUGAACAUCAUCGCCGGUGUCGCCAAGCAGAAGCCCAACGAGACCCCCAGCAUUGCCUCGAUCCAGAACGAAUUCUGGCAGACGUACGGCCGCACUUUCUUCACUCGCUACGACUACGAGAAUGUCGACGGCGACAGUGCCAACAAGCUGAUCGCCAACCUGUCCGAGAAGAUCACCAACAAGGACUCCUUCGUGGGCAGCACUGUGUCCGGCCACAAGGUGGUCGACGCGGGCAACUUUGCCUACACCGACCUGGACGGCAGCGUGACCAAGAACCAGGGACUGUAUGUCAAAUUCGACGACGGCAGCCGCCUGGUGGUCCGUCUCUCGGGCACAGGCAGCAGCGGUGCCACCAUCCGUCUGUACAUUGAGAAGUACGAGAGCGAGAAGAGCAAGUUCGGCAUGAACACUCAGGACUACCUCAAAGACAACGUGGCCCUUGCCAUGUCUUUGUUGAAGUUCAAGGAGUAUAUUGGCCGGGAGGACCCUGAUGUCAAGACUUGA